ACCAGGGUGACGAGCUCCUCAGUUGUUUUUACUCCAUGACAGCUGUGGUUGGGCUCUGAUAGGGGGACGCUGAAUUCUUCCUGGAUGGGCGGCGGGCUAAAUUUAGGAGCCCAGUUAUAUCAACCGCGCCUCAAGAGCUGACUACCUUAACGCUCUGUGCCUUCACCGCAGCCACUUGUUUUCCCACCACUGCUGUUCCGUUUUUAUCAGGAUGGACAAUCGAGGUUUGAAGGAAGAUCUACGCCUCUUUCAGAGCACCUUGCUUCAGGACGGACUCAAGGAACUCUUGAAUGAGAACAAGUUGGUGGACUGUAUCCUGAAGGUGGGCGACAGGAGCAUUCCCUGCCACCGGCUCAUCCUGGCUGCAUGUAGCCCUUACUUCCGGGAGCUUUACUUCUCCGAGGAUGGCAAGGAAAUGGACAAGAAGGAGGUUGUUCUGGAGGAUCUGGAUCCUGCUGUAAUGGAGGCGAUUGUAAACUACAUGUAUUCGACAGAGAUCGACAUCAAUGAUGACAACGUGCAGGACAUCAUGGCGGUUGCCAGUCGCUUCCAGAUCCCGUCUGUGUUCACCGUGUGUGUGAAUUUUCUCCAGCAGAAGCUAACCACAAAGAACUGCCUUGGCAUCUACAGGCUGGGCCUGAUGCUCAACUGCCCCAGACUGGCGAUAGCGGCUCGAGAUUACAUCGCAGACCGUUUCGUGACUGUCGCCAAGGACGAGGACUUUUUGGAACUCGCUCCUCACGAACUCUUUGCUCUUAUUGGGGCGGACGCCUUGAAUGUGGAGAAGGAAGAGGUGGUGUUUGAGAGCCUCAUGAGAUGGAUCAGAAAAGAUAAGGAGAAUCGCAUCAAAUCCUUACAGGAGGCGUUUGAGUGCAUCCGCUUCCGUUUACUCCCGGAGAAGUAUUUCAAGGAAAAGGUAGAAAAGGACGAGCUCAUCAAGAGCGAUCCAGAAAUUGCCAAAAAAAUCAAAGAGAUCAAGGAAGCAUUUGCGGGGAAGUUGCCCGAGAAGAAAAAGGGUGACGGUGAAGGUGAGGAGCCCAAGUUACCCGGUUACCUGAAUGAUAACCGCAGAUACGGCAUGUUCGCCAAAGACAUGGUGGUGAUGAUCAAUGACACUGCUGCCGUGGCCUAUGAUGGCCAAGAAAAUGAAUGUUUCUUGGCUGCAAUGACUGAGCAAAUUCCCCGGAACCAUGUCAGUCUGGUGUCCAAGAAGAACAACCUCUAUGUGUUGGGAGGACUCUAUGUUGACGAGGACAACAAAGAUAACCCGUUGCAGUGUUACUUCUACCAGAUGGACAGUCUUGCUGGAGGUUGGACUGCAUUGCCCCCUAUGCCCUCCCCUAGGUGUUUGUUCGCCAUGGGGGAGUUUGACAACCUCAUCUUUGCUGUGGCAGGAAAAGACUUGGAGAGCAACGAGUCCCAUGACACAGUUAUGUGCUAUGACAUCGAAAAAAUGAGGUGGAGCGAAACAAAGAAGUUGCCUUUGAGGAUCCACGGACACUGUGUGGUCUCUGAGAACGGGCUGGUUUAUUGUAUUGGUGGGAAAACAGAUGAUAAUAAACCCACCAAUAAGAUGUUCGCAUACAACCACAAGAAGUCAGAGUGGAAAGAGGUGGCCUCCAUGAAGACACCUCGGUCCAUGUUCGGAGCGAUCAUCCACAAAGGGAAGAUUAUUGUGGCUGGAGGGGUCAACGAAGAAGGCCUCACGGGUGCCUCUGAAGCUUACGACUUUUCAACCAACAAGUGGUCACCCUUCACAGAGUUUCCCCAGGAGAGAAGUUCAAUCAACCUGGUUAGCUGCGGGGGUCUUCUGUACGCCAUCGGAGGCUUCGCCAUGGUGCAGAACGAGAACAAGGAAUGCGAGCCUGUUGAAGUCGUGGACAUUUGGCAUGGCCCAAUAAGCACGUGCCCGCUCCCUCCAGGUACGAAGAAGACAAGAAGGAGUGGACGGGGAUGAUCCGAGAGAUGCGUUAUGCUGCUGGAGCCUCUUGCGCAUCCAUGCACCUCAAUGCCGCACGCAUGGCCAAACUGUGACAGCUCAGGAACACACAGUACUGUACUUCAAUUUAUACUCAUAUACCAAUGUAACAUUAUGAAAUUGUGGAUUUUGUUUUGACACUUUUCUGCUUCUUUAGUGGCCCAUUUCUGUAUUAUCACACCAUCUUUCCCAUUUAUUGUUGGAAAAAAAACACUCUUUGAUUGCC